GGCUCGUCCCGCCCGCCGUCCCUCCGCCCCGCCGGGGCUCGGCGCGCACGUCGGCCGCCCGCCCCUCCCGGGAGCCGCCCCCCUCCCGGAGGCCGGGCCGGGACUCUGGACCCGACCCAGAGCCGCCGCCCGCUUCUGCCACCCCAUGGAGGACGGUCUGCUGGAGCUCAGGACCAAGGACGGCGGCGACAUGCCCGCGCCCAGGGAGGUGGCCGGCGUGCCCGCCGUGGGGGACGUGCUCGCCGGGGAGUACAACGGCGGCAUGAAGGAGCUCAUGGAGCACCUCAAGGCGCAGCUGCAGGCCCUGUUUGAGGACGUGCGGGCCAUGCGGGGCGCCCUGGACGAGCAGGCCUCGCACAUCCAGGUGCUGUCGGACGACGUGUGCGCCAACCAGCGGGCCAUCGUCUCCAUGUGCCAGAUCAUGACCAGCGCGCCCCGCCAGGGCGGCCUGGGUGUGGCCGCCAAGGGGGUCUUCCCCGGAGCCCCGCAAGACCCCGAGCCCCCUUCGCCCGGCCUCGGGGACGGCGCCCUGCUGGGGGGCGAUCCCGAGGAGGAGGACGAGGACGAGGAGGCGGAGGAGGAGGAAGAGGAGGAAGGGGAGGAGGAGGAAGACAAGGAGCUGCCCAGCCCCACCACACCCACCCGGCACCGUGAGCGCCCCGAGAGCCCCCGUGCGGGGCUGUGUGCGGGGGACGGGCCACUUGUGGAGCCCCUCGACCUGCCCGACAUCACCCUGCUGCAGCUGGAGGGCGAGGCUGCCCUGUGAGGGGGACUCCGGGGGACACGAGACUCCCUGGUUGGCUGGGGGCUUCCGAGUGAGUGCAUGGCACCCGGGGACUGGCCGGCGGCGCGGUGCGGCAGACUGGACUUCUAGCUGCGGCGAGUCAGACAGAGAGACAGACAGACAAGACAGACUCGAUCCCCUACCCCCCCCCCCCCCCACACACACACCCAGCCAGCCACCAGGAAGGGUCUAUAAGGGCGAAGGACCUCUGGGAGCAUCGAGAAUCCUUUCUGCCUAAUGGAGCGAGAGACUUAGCCCUCAGCCACCGAAAAGGUGAGGUUUCCCCUAGAGGAACCGCCCAGCUCCGGACUUGCAAUCCCCCUUCCCCUGCCCUCUCCACCCCACUCCCAUCCGCAGCCCACAGGAGCACUCCCUGAAUUGUGUAAAUAAAAUUCUGCUUUUUUUUUCUUUCUAUUCUGAAUACAAAAAGACAGUGGCAAAUAAUCUCUAAAGAUUUACCCAGGCAUUAAAGAAUUGCGGUUACUCUUUUCUGGCAACAGAAAAAAAAAAUGUACCCUUCUGCUGAAACCCGAGCUUUCGGUGCUCUGCAGAAGCCUCUCUCUUCCUGACCUCUGCGGCUGCUGAUUGGUAAAGGAAGCUUUGAGGAGGGGACUGCAGCCUUAGGAAGCUGGGUGAAUGGGGUUCCGACCCCCCCCACCCCCACCCCUACCCCCACCCCCACCCCUCCACCCCCGGCUGGGAGGAGCUGGCUAUGAAUGUGCAUGAGGAUGUAAUAGCUCAACAUCUAGGAUUCUGCCUUGUCACUGACUUCAUCUGGGGCUUAAAGAACAAAGAGCCCAGUUCUCAGGCAGAGACUUGGGGGUGCUCAGCCCAGAUCUAGGGGACCUUUAAGAGACUCUUGGGGAGGAGAGAGACACAGCCCUCAAACUGUCUCUCUCUUGGUUACUACACUCGCUUAACUUCAGUUUAUCUCUUCCUGUCAAUAUGUCCCAGCCGGCUGCCUCUCGGUGUUGCCUCCAUAAUGUCUUGUGUGUGUUAUGUGUGUUGACUUGUGUAGUAGUGUGUGAGCCCUGAGGGGCAGGGCUUGUGGCUCUGGUGUUAGUUUCAGGGGAUUCCAGACCCUUCUGUGAGUCCUAGGCUAUCAUGGCGCUUUCUCCUCACCUUCCUGCUUCUCCCUCACCCCCUAACCCCAAACCAGGGCAUGAAGCAUGUGGCUGUCCUGAGGUUAACUGACGUGCCUCCCUCUUGCCUCCUCAAGUGGUGACUUUGUGUGCCCUUCUGCCUCCUCUGUGUAUUCCCUCUCAAUGCUUUCCUUGCUGUUAACCUAAUAAAGAGGCGUCAUCUCCCCUC